GUGCCAGUUGGGGAGUGGUCGCGGUCUAAUAACUAACCGCCAAAUUCAAACACAUGAAGACAAAGUUACCGUUGACGAGUUAGCCAACUUCUACAAGAGAGAUUACCGUUGACGAGUUAGCCAACUUCUACAAGAGAGAUUACCGUUGACGAGUUAGCCAACUUCUACAAGAGAGAUUACCGUUGACGAGUUAGCCAGCUUCUACAAGAGAGAUUACCGUUGACGAGUUAGCCAGCUUCUACAAGAGAGAUUACCGUUGACGAGUUAGCCAACUUCUACAAGAGAGAGACCAACCAACUUUACAAGCUUCAGUAUGUCGUCGUCGGUGAUGAGUGGUGUGGCGGUGUGGAGGGCUCACAGCGUUCUGGAGGAGUCAGACGGGGGCGAGUCCAGCUCCCCUGAGGCCCCCCCCCCCGACCGCUUCAGGAAGCUACGCUCCUCCUCCUCCAUCAACUCCCUCCGCAUGUCUCUGAAGAAGAGGCUGCCGCUGCGCUCCGUACAGACCAACUCCCUGCCAGACCCUGAGCCGACCCCUGACCCCACCUGGGAGAGUCUGCAGGCCAAUCAGAAGACCGGCGCUGUCUGCCAGCUCACACGCAGCGCACGCAGCCACAUCGGGGGAGUGUACCAGAGGCUUCAGAGGAACAGAGCAGUGGUGCAGGAUCAGGAGGAAUGUUUGGUUGUGACACCUGGCCGGGUGUGUGAGGGGACAGAGAACAGCGGGGAGGUCCCCUCCCGUACACCAAGACGCACCCCCGUCCGUUCCACCACACUUAUCCCCACAACAACCCCCAGACGCACCCCCAGAGCCACCGCGCCCAAACGCAGGGGAAGUCCUGAGGUGACAGGGGUGAAGAAUGGGGGAGGGAGGAGGCAGCUGGUUCGGAUGGCUGCACUACGAAGCCCCUUCGCCUCUCCCAACACUCAGAGCCUCAGACGGAAGUUUGGCCGGGACCUGGAGAGUGUGUCCAGCGGUCUCAGGAAGCUGAAACGUCUGUCCCACGCCUUUGAUGAUGUCAUAGAGAGAGACGACCGGUGAAGAGAACACUAACAACAUUUUAAUUCUGACUGUUCAUACAGAGACCAUCUGUUCCUCAGCGUUUCACUCUGUAUUUACACUAGUAUUUAUAUAGAGAUGCAGCUGAUAGGGAAAUGAGAGGGGUUAGUUUUGUUAGGCUGGGGAGCAGGACCGAGGAGUGAAAGGGGUUAGGAAGGGGAGCAGGCUAGAGCGCAUUACUUCCUGUUAUCGUAGCCAUUCUGGCUCAGAUAUGUGUUUCCUGUUCUGGGGCCCUGAGGAGGGGAU